GCAGGACUGAGGAUGCAGGGAAGCCGCGGAGCGCCGACGACAAGCGUCAGUCAUGGGGAAUAGUAUUAUCAACACCGGCUUUACAGCUGUCAUGCUGGGGGUCUGGAUGUCCAUCAACAUCUUUCUCUUUGUCUGGUUUUACUUCUUGUAUGAUUUGGGGGAGCAGUAUUUCUACACGCGUCACCUGUUGGGGUCAGCCUUGGCCUGGGCCAGAGCCCCUGCUGCUGUGCUCAACUUCAACUGCCUGCUGAUUCUCCUCCCGGUUUGCAGGAACCUGCUUUCUCUGAUCCGAGGAAACUUUGUGUGUUGCAGCAGAACAAUGAGAAAACAACUCGACAAGAAUAUCAGUUUCCACAAGCUGGUGGCGUACAUGAUCGCUCUGAUGACAGCUGUUCACGUGGUCGCCCACUUGCUGAACGUGGAGUGGUACAACAACAGCAGACAAGGUGUUUAUGACGAACUCAGCAGCGCUCUGUCUGAUUUAGAGGACACGGAAAACACCACCUAUCUGAACCCCAUCCGCAAGACCGACAUUGAUGCACAACAGAUUCCCACCUACUUUGUUUUCACCACCAUUGCUGGCCUGACAGGCGUCAUCAUCACUCUGUCCCUCAUCCUGAUCAUCACCUCCUCCAUGGAGGUCAUCAGACGCAGCUACUUUGAAGUCUUCUGGUACACGCAUCACCUUUUCAUCGUUUUCUUCGCCGGCCUCGUCUUUCAUGGAGCUGGGCGCAUUGUGAGGAGUCAGAAUGAUGAGCCUGUACAUAACAUCACUUUUUGUAAAGACCGGCCUGCAGACUGGGGAAAGAUUCCCGAAUGUCCCAUCCCUAAGUUUGCUGGAGGAUUCCCGCAGACCUGGAUGUGGGUGAUCGGCCCCAUGAUCAUUUAUGUCUGUGAGCGUCUGCUGCGUUUCAUUCGAUACAUACAGAAAGUCCAAUACAGAAAGAUUGUGAUGCGGCCAUCCAAAGUGCUGGAGCUGCAGCUGGUGAAGAGUGGCUUCAAAAUGGAGGUGGGUCAAUACGUUUUCCUCAACUGCCCGGCCAUCUCCCAGCUGGAGUGGCAUCCCUUCACCAUGACCUCAGCCCCGGAGGAGGACUUCUUCAGCGUCCACAUCCGCUCGGCCGGGGACUGGACGGACAAACUCAUCGACAUCAUGCAGAAGCUUCCCGAGGGAGCACAGGGUCCCAAGAUGGGUGUGGACGGACCUUUUGGCACAGCCAGCGAGGAUGUGUUCGACUACGAGGUCAGCAUGCUGGUCGGUGCUGGCAUCGGCGUUACUCCCUUCGCCUCCAUCCUCAAGUCCGUCUGGUACAAGUUCAAAGACUCUGACCCCAAACUCCGCACAAGAAAGAUCUACUUCUAUUGGCUCUGCCGGGAAACUCACGCCUUUGAGUGGUUUGCCGACCUCCUACAGGUGCUGGAGAAAGAGAUGGAAGAGAGAGGCAUGGGGGAUUUCCUCACCUACAAACUCUUCCUGACCGGAUGGGAUCAAAGCCACGCUAAUCACGUGAUGGUGCGCUUUGAUGAGGACACAGAUGUGGUCACGGGACUGAAACAGAAAACCCACUAUGGCCGACCCGCUUGGGACAAGGAGUUUGAGCAAGUCCGGAGAGAAAACCCAACGGGCGUGGUGGGGACUUUCCUGUGCGGGCCUGUGGUUCUAGCAAAGGUUUUGGAGAAGAAAUGUGCAAAAUAUUCUGACGUGGAUCCUCGCAGGACCAAAUUUUACUUCAACAAGGAAAACUUCUGAGUCAAAACAUCAUCAAUAGGAAAGCAGCACUGUAGAUUGUUGUGGAAUUUCUGUCACCACAGGUUAAUCCGAAGAUGAGGGAUGAUUGCAAAACUGCAUGAGAACACGGAUGUGUUUAGUCUAUGCUGCACCUACCCUGAUAGGCAUGAUGUGUUGCUCUGACAGUUCAGGUUUAACUCCAUCUGUGUUUGCGUCACCUGUUAAGUCAUACUGGCUUAUAGUAAGCCGUCAUUGUAGAUCUGCUGUAUCAUUAUCGACGGCAUUAUUGGUUAAACCUGUUUAGGUUGGCUGUUACUAAGACAGAGGUGUUCAGACGUCAUGUAGAACACUACUUAUUUUUAUAGACCUUUUUUUUUUUUAAUUAUGAAACUGUUUCUUUAGGGUAUUUGUGGGAAUAAUUUAAUGUGUGUUUAAUCAAAUCACUUUUCCAAAUCUUCCCAAUUUAGGAAGAUCGAUUCUUUAACUUUUGACAUGUUUUUCAUUUGAAAAUGGAC